UUCAUCAAAAACCUCUUUCCCCUUCACUCAUAUUCUCUUCCUUAUCCCCAAAUCCUUUGUUUUAUUAUCUGUUUGCUCUUUAUAUUUAGAGAUCUCCUCUGUUUGUUUUUGGUAACAUAUUCAAAAAUAGAACUCCUUCUCCUCCUCUGUUUCUCUGUUAUAUAUCAUUAAAAACUGAGAAUUUGAUGAUCCGAAACUGAUGACUCCCGUUCUCUGCGAAAUCUUGCUCUCGGGGCUCACGGUUAAAUCUGCUCUCUGCCGUAGAACCCAUCUCGUUCAAUCUUUCUCCGUCGUCUUCCUUUACUGGUUUUACAACGUUUCAUGAAUUGCUGAAAACUCCCAAAACUAAUCUUUAAAUUAAUUUUUUACAUCAUAUAUUCAUUAUUUUCAGACAAAUCUAAAACCAACCAAAAAAAAAAACAAACUGUCCUUUCUUUUGUUCUUGUAAUAUUCUUGUAAUAAAAUGGCGUCAUCAAGCAGCACAUACCGGAGCUCGAGCUCCUCCGACGGCGGGAAUCCAUCUGACUCCGCCGUUACCGUCGACGAGCGGAAACGCAAGAGAAUGCUAUCGAAUCGUGAAUCUGCACGUAGAUCAAGGAUGCGUAAACAGAAACACGUCGACGAUCUAACGGCUCAGAUCAAUCAGCUUUCAAGCGACAACCGUCAGAUCUUGACGAGUCUCACCGUCACCUCUGAGCUUUACAUGAA